AUCCCAUGGGCGGGUUCUGCAGCCGGCCUGGAGGGCGGGCACGGUUGGGCUGUGCCACGCGGGGCGGCACAGUCAGAGCCGCUUCCUUUUCCUCGCGCACUCGCUCGCUGGCUGCUGGUGCUGCGGGCGCGAGAAGGGAGCCCGGCUUGCGGAGGAUUUUAAUAUAUCUUGUUUAUUUCACCUCAGGAGAGGUCCUGUUCACCACAGUGGAAAUGACUUUAAACAAUCUGACACUGAAGGCUGCAUCACUUUAUGAUGAGUGGAUUAAAAAUGCUGAUCCACGAGUCGAUGGCUACCCGCUUAUGUCUUCGCCUUUCCCACAGACAUUUAUUAUUGUAGCUUAUAUCUAUUUUGUCACUCAUCUGGGACCAAAGCUCAUGGACAACAGAAAACCUUUUGAUUUGAGGCAAAUAAUGGUUUUUUACAACUUUGGUGUAGUGGCUCUUUCAAUUUAUAUGACUUAUGAAUUCCUUAUGUCUGGCUGGGCUACAGGUUAUUCCUUUCGCUGUGACAUUGUUGAUUACUCCAGGUCACCUAUGGCUCUAAGGAUGGUUCGUGCCUGCUAUAUGUAUUAUUUCUCCAAAUUUAUUGAAUUGCUAGACACUCUCUUCUUUGUCCUCCGAAAGAAAAAUGGCCAAGUUACAUUCUUGCAUGUCUUCCAUCACUCAAUCAUGCCUUGGACUUGGUGGUUUGGAGUCAAAUUUGCUCCAGGUGGUUUAGGAACAUUCCAUGGCAUGUUAAACUGCAUUGUGCAUGUGGUCAUGUACACCUACUAUGGACUCUGUUCACUGGGACCAACUUAUCAUAAAUACUUGUGGUGGAAAAAACAUUUGACCACUGUUCAACUGAUCCAGUUCAUUUUGGUUACUGCCCAUAUAGGACAAAUCUACUUCAUGGAUAGUUGCCCAUACCAGUAUCCAAUCUUCAUGUUCAUCAUCUCACUAUAUGGUUCUUUGUUUUUAAUCCUGUUCCUACACUUUUGGUACAAUGCUUACACUAGAGGCCAAAGACCCCCGAAGAAUAUACAAAAUGGCACUAUCAAAGGCAAAGCUGAAUGAAGCACUCUGCCACAAACAUGAUACAAUGUUUUGAAUUGACAAUCAAGAUGCUAAAGAUGCACAGCACACUGUUUUAUAUGGUUUUCCAAAACAAAAAACCUUGUAUUUUUACUAUAAGUUAUUUGGGAUGUAAUCUUUAUGGGGGAGGGAGGGUUAAUGUAAUGAUUGAGUUACUAACCUGCUAUUUUCAGCAACAAUGUACAUAUUAGAAAAUUAUGUAUCAGAGGAAUGAAUACUGAGUUGCACUCUUGGAGAUGCAUAUAAAUAUUCAUUAUGGAAAUGAAGUGUGCCUGAUAAGUAUAAAACAGUACUUUGAGCACUGACAAAGAUACAAUUGUUUUUAGCAGGUGUCACAAGUUACUGGGUUUAUAGGCUACUCAUUGAAAUGGAAUCCAAUUUCAUGAAUGAUUUAUGGACUAUAGACCUUAUUGUUAAAACUACUGUAAACAUUAAUGUGUUUUAUACAAAUUGUACCAUAUUAAAGACUA